AUGGUCAAUGCGGUAAAUAUACCAGCACAUUUGUUGCCGCAAGCUUUUCUAGACCAGCAAGAAGAGGACCAUAACCAUCAUCAUAGCUACCACCACCACCACCAGAAUCAAAAUCAAAAUCAACAACAGGAAGAAGGAGUAAAGGCGCAAACUCGCGCUCAAUACCAGCAGAAUCAACACCAGAAUCAACAGGAAGGAGGAGUUCAGGUGCAAAAUCGCGCUCAAUACCAGACUGGAGUCCCCUUGACGAGUAACAAUGUACCAUUUCAACAACAGCAUCAACAGCACCACCACCAAAGCCAACACCAACACCGUUAUUUUCAACAGCUACCUCCUCAGCAGCCAGAACUAAACAAUAUGCAAUACCAACAACCUCAGUAUCAAAAUAUGUCUGCACCAACACCAAAUAAUCAGGCGUAUCAAGCUCAGGGUAAUAAUAGCAAUAAUAGCCCCUACUCAAUGCCACUUCAAUCACACCAAGAAGAACCAGAUUAUUUUCAAAACGCAAGUCACAGCUUCCCACUUUACCAGCCACAAUCGGAAUCAAUCAAUGAACAUCAACUUCCUUCUCUAACUGGACAGAUGCAAACAAACCAAUACAAGACACCGCAUAACGGCGGAAGUUCACAGAACUACUCUUCUUCUCUGGAUUCUCCAAGGUAUCAACAGAAACUAUCAAUGCAAAUGGAGUACAGUGCUCCACUGUCUCAGGCCGAGUACCAGCAGCCAUUGCAAAUGAGUUCUUCUAGUACGGUCAAGGACCCAAACGCGCCACCAGCACCAGCACCAGCACCAGCACCACCACACCAACACCACCAACACCAACACCAACACCAACAACAACACCAACACCAACAACAACACCAACAACCAUUUUCUCAUCGAAACGCAUCAGCACCAACCUUGCCACAUACUGUUCAUUCAGACCAGCUACCACUGUCAUUGAUGUAUGAAAAUGGAUCUCAUUCACAGCAACAGCCGAAAACUUAUUCUAGAAGUGCUUCGACUACACAAGUACCGUACCCUAUACAUAACCAGUUUUCCGGAAAUCUUCAUUCUUCUACUGAACAGUCACAGUUUUUGCCUUCGAUACGAAAACUGUUUCGUAAAACUCAAUCUGGUAAUUUACCAUCUAUUCAGAAUGAUCAAAUUUUCAACAACAGUGACAGUAGAAGAAUUAUUUCGUCUCCUAAUCAUAAUCACUUGCCACCUCAGCUGUCCAAUGAGUUACGAACAAAGUCCUUGUCCUCGACAUCAUCGCGUUUUAGAGGCUUCCCGCAGCAGCAACAACAACUCCAACAACAACAACAACAACAACAACAACAACAACAACAACAACAACUGCAUCAACCGCAACUGCUGCAGCAGCAACAACAACAACACGAGCAUUUUCAACAAAACAGUUCUCGCCCAAUAUCCGGAGGUGGUUCCUCGCCCUCUUUAAACCAUUCAUUCUCAUUAACAUCGAAAUCGCGUUCUUUUUCAUCAAUUAGCAAAUUAUCUUCGUUGUCCUCAAAAAAGUUUGGCUCUUCAUCAUCGAUUACAAAACACGAUAAACAGAGCAUUACUUCAUCCAAAACUUUGAUACCACUGCAUCCGCCAAGCUCUUCUGUUUAUCCUGCUAUGUUGUCCGAAGUAGCAAAAUUGUUUAAGGACGCUAUUAUUUUGACAAUCAAUACUAAAGACGGGUUAGAGUAUCAUGACACAUUUACCGGGAAAAUGGCGGUUGAUAUCUUGUGUCGAAUAAUUAGAACCAAUGACAGAAACUUGGCACUAUUGAUAGGAAGAUCACUAGAUGCACAAAAGUUUUUUCAUGAUGUCACAUAUAAUCACAGAUUGAGAGACUCUGUUCAUGAAAUAUAUGCUUUUAAUAACGUAUACAACGAUGUUGAAUUUUAUCAAGAGGAAGGUAGUAACAGUAAUGGAAACAAUAGUGCUACGACAUCAAAACACGGGUCCUUUGUGGACAGUGCUCAAUUCCAGCAGGCCAUUCAGGACAAUUUUUUGUCGCAACAACUACCUUCCCAUGUUAGUCAACCUGCAGCGGCGGCUGAGUACGCGUCAGCGGCAGCAACAGCAACAGCAACAGCAACAGCAACAGGUGCACAGUUGAAUAGAUUGAGUGGAGGAAAUAGUAGUGUUAAUCUUGCUGGAAAAAACUUGACGGCCACUCAGCAAACCGGAGUCAAUGGGGUCUUUACAAUUUUAACGGACUGUUAUUCACCUACGUGUAGCAGAAAUCAUUUGUGUUACAGUAUUGCCUGUCCCAGAAGAUUAGAACAACAAGCUAGAUUGAAUCUAAAGCCUCAUGGCGGUUUGAAAAGAGCAGUUUCCAAGUUGUCCUUGCACGAUAAAGAAGAAAAUGAAACAUUAUGGCACAAGACAGUUCCUCAGUCUGUGUUGGAUAAAUUAGACAAGCACGAAAAAAUUAGGCAAGAGUUAAUUUACGAGUUCAUUUAUACAGAAAGAGAUUACGUGAAGGAUUUGGAGUUUAUGACUGAUUUUUACAUAAUGCCCUUGAGAAAUCCUGCAAACAAUAUUAUUCCUGAGCAUCAGCGUGAAACAUUCAUCCAUACAGUAUUUGGUGGAGUUGGGGAUUUAUUGAGAUUGGGAAGAGCCUUUAGCGAGGCCUUGAACAAGAGGCAACAGCAGCAAAAACCCGUGGUGGAAACUAUUGGAGACGUAUUUUUGGAUCAUGUUGGUAAUUUUGAGCCUUUUGUUAGGUACUCUGGAAACAAAGUGUUUGCAACGUUUGAGCAUGAGAGACAACAACAAGUAAAUUUGAAGUAUGCAAGAUUUUUAGAUGCCAUUGAAAAGAAACCAGAAUCAAGAAGACAAGAUUUGUCUUCGUUUUUGAUCAAAGGAGUACAACGAACUGCAAGAUACCAAUUGUUGUUGGCGGGAAUCUUAAAACACACCAAACCAGAAAGUCCCGAUUACAAAUACUUGGUAAAGGCAAAGGGGGAAAUUGAGGCAUUAUUGGUGAAGAUUAAUAUCCAAACCGGUGAAAGCACCGAUCGUCAUAAAAUUAUGGUGUUGCACAGAUUACUCGGGAAACAAACUCUUGAGAACAAAUUUAAUUUUAAAUUAUCUUACAAUAAUAGAAUCUUGUAUCAAGUCACGUUGAAUAGAAAGAGAGAUAAUGAAAAGAUAGACUUGUAUUUGUUUGAGCAUGCAAUGUUAUUAGUCAAGCACAAGAUACAAAACAAGAGAGAACAGCACAAAGUAUUUGAAAAACCCAUCUUGCUUCCGUUAUUGUUUGUGAAUAGCGGAUUUGAGAUACCGACUACAAGAACAUUGAUGAACCAUCGGUACAACAUGUCAUUAGUCUCAGACGUUGCUAUCAGAAACCAAAGGGCGGAGAGUACUAAUUACAUUGGAAAUACGCUUUCGUCAAAUAAUGCAAGUAAGUUCCAGAUCAAUAUUCUUGGUAUGGGAAGUAAUCAAGUACACACCUCCUUGUUUGCCGAAGAUGUGACAAUACAAAGUCAAGUGUUGCAACAAAUUGCUCAACAACAGAGGAAGUUAAUUGAUUCAAAUGAUUUAUUUUCAAUGAGUAAGUAUGAAACUAGAAGGUUUACUGGUAAUAAUAAAAUAAACUGUGCUGUUCCAUGCUAUGGUGGGAAAAAACUAUUAUUCGGUACCGAUUCGGGAGUUUGGGUGAGCACCGUUCGAUCAAUAAGUGCAACUUCAAAUGAGAAAAUUUGCUCCGACCCCACAUUGGUUAUUUCCAAGCCAUAUACGACUCAAGUCGAAGUUUUGGUUGAAUAUUCGAAGUUGUUGGUUCUCAGUGACAAGGUACUAUACGAAUUUGAUUUGUCGUGUACUGACUCCUUGGACCAUGUCAAAAACACCAAGCUGGGAAAGUUAAUCAUGACACAUAUCUCCUUUUUCAAAAUUGGUGUUUGCGAUGGAAAAUUAUUGGUGAUUGGAGCCAAAACAGGGAGUCAGCAUUCGAUAUGUAUUUUCGAGCCGAUGAAUCCAUUUGAUGCAAAACUGAAGAAUAAGAAUAAAAAAAUUGAAUUUGAAGAGAUUUUUUUCACUUCGGAUCCUAUAUCGAUUUCGUUUUUAAAAAGUAAAUUGUGUAUUGGAUGCGCUAAAGGGUUUGAAAUCUUGUCAUUACAAGCAGGUAAUAAAGAGCCAAUUUUGGAUGAGGCAGAUCCAUCAUUGGAUUUUGCAACUCAAAGGGAGCUGGUAACACCUUUGGCUAUCCACAGGUUGGGCAGAGAUUUUCUUUUAUGUUACUCGGAGUUUGUGUUUUUAAUCAAAGGUAAUGGAUGGAGAACUAAUCACGAUUGGGGAAUAUUUUGGGAGGGCAACCCACGAAAUGUUGCAUUGUUUUUCCCCUGCCUAUUAUCGUUUGAACCUGGGUUUAUUGAAAUUAGAGAUUUGCAUACUACGAAUUUAUUAAGAUCCUUAAUUGGAGAUAAUAUCAGAUAUUUGCAUUCGAACGAACAUGAAGCAAUGUUUGCUUGUGAAGAAAAUGGAUAUGAUAUAAUUGUUUCGAUUGAUUUUUUGAAUUUGAAACCAAAAUCGCCUAGUUAA